AUGUAUGCAGGUUGGAGCGAGCCGCCACAAGCUUCUUUUACUAUUCCCCAUGUAACAUUCCUUGUAAAUGGGCAAAAACAUCAGUGUUUCAACAAAGUAUCUUCCACAAGAUAUGAAAUGUGCACUGAAAGUCGAUCGUACACAUUUUUUCAUGAAAUAUUCGAGUCAAACGAAGGUAAACCAUUGGAUGCUGUUGUAUCGUUUCCUGAUGUCUUGUAUGUUUUCUCUGGAAAGGUUGUGUACUAUGUCAAGAAAAAUAGCACUAAAGUGGAUCAAAACGUCAAGUACAUCGCAGUUGAAAAGGCAAAAGUCGACGAUCCCGCGGACUCGAACAUGUGGACCAAUAUUCCGAUAGGUCAUACAGCUAUUACCAUGGUUAAUGAGAAAAUGGCGGUCGUUUUUACUGCGCAUUAUCGUACCACUCCUCCUGACCCGCUGGCAGCCACAAUAGAACAGUUUUAA